AUUAUCGAAAACAUGAGUAAAGGGAAAUUUGAAUUAUAGUUUGGUGGACUCUUAAACGGUAGUCAAUUUAGAUCUUCGUGUACGUACUUUUGUACAUUAUUUUCGUUGACUCGCUGCAUUACAUAACUCAGAUGGGAAAAGCAUUGCCUUAGAACUACCAUUAUCGAACUGCUGGGAGUGAUAUUUUACUUGCGGUUACUAUAAGAAAAUGUGGUAACGCCUCUCAGACUUUAAUCUCGCGUUAUUUCGGUUCUCUUUGGCGCCAGACUACGUGCGUUGAAGUGUGGCGUUGUAGUGAGUGUCUCAUUUAAGUUCUGUUACUUUAAAAAUUGUGCAUGUAGUUAUUAUCACUCCUCUGUAUUUGUAAACAACUCCUGCGAUGUUAGAAAUUGACGACUUACUUUGCUAUUAGAAACGGGCAAAACAUCUGACAUGUUAUCUGUCAACAGAUUUUAUGUUUUCAUUUUAUAUCAACUGGGCACAAAAUGAUAAUUAAAUGCACGGUUAGCUGGCUACUGUCGAUCAUAUAUAUAAAAGACAAGCAGUAUCAUCACGACGCCUCGUAAACAGUUAUCGAUCCCAAAAAAUCACGUGCUGUGAAACCGGAAGAUGGACACUCUGAGCAUGGUACAGAGGGCUCAGGCAUGGCUGAAAUCCACCUGGCACAUUCAGGUGCCAUUUUCUUGGCUGGAAGCCUGUGUGGACUGGAUCCAGGGGGAGAGCAGAAGCUCCCGUUUGUCCCAGAAUGAAGUAAACCAGCAGGUCCUGGAGCAGUGGCUGCUCACAGACCUCCGUGACCUUUCCUAUCCUACUCUUCCUGACCGUGCCUCAGUGGUGCUGAAGACGGAGGUGAGCGGCUUCUAUUGCCUUCAGAUGGAUUCUGUGCUGGACAUCAGCCAGCCAGCCUACAGCCAGCUGCAGCAGUGGAAGGGAAAAGAAUGUUCCAAUGACACGGUGUCAGCUGACACGCAGGCCACCCAGAGGGCCUGGGAGUCGAAACCAACGCGCAUGCUGCUGCUGCGGCUCACUGACGGGGUUCAAAACCUGGAGGGGAUGGAGUACCAGCCAAUACCGUUCCUGAACGUUAAUCUCCAUCCUGGCACCAAGAUCCUGCUUCAGGGAACGGUGGCCUGUCGCCUCGGUGUGCUCCUCCUUAAGCCCGAGAACGUGAAAGUGAUUGGAGGAGAAGUGGAGGACUUGCUGGAGCAGAAUUCCCAGGGCAACGUGCUGUGCCGCUUACUCCACCUGCCGGGAGAACGCCCUCAGGAAAAUGGCGAGCAGGGGGUCGAACCACGUCGUGCUGAAGAGACCCUGAGUGAUGAGGAGCUUCUUGCUGGCUUAGGAGAAGAGCAUCAGAUGAGUGUGGAAGUGACUGCAGAAAGCGGGUACGGCAGCCGGAGCAGAGCUGCUAGUGGAACAGGCCACGUGCCUUCCUUAGAGAGCUAUAGCUCACACCUGGGAGUCUCGUCAGUGGAGGGUUCAGUGUCAGGAACAACAGUCGAGUCAGCAGCCGACUGCCCACAAGUGGAGCUUCUGGAUGAAGACUUUGAUAUUCCUUUUGAGGAGUUUGAUGAUGAACCAUUUUCUGACACCACCUUUGCAGCUAGUACUGGGCAGGCUUGCAUCAACCCUGCGUCCGCUACAGCGUCAACGUAUACUUCAGGUACGCCGACUGACAGAACCGGCGAGCAAAGUAACACUUUUACCGAAAAUGCCUUUGUAGAUUGGAUGCCCCAUACUGUUGAUGUCGGCCUGGAUUCACCGCCUUUCACUUACCUCUCGGUUCUGCGGGCGGAUAAAACUCCUGGAGUUAAAGUGGUGAGAGUGAAAGCUUUUAUAAUUACACUCUUGGGAAGCCUCCGGAAAAGCACUGGAAAGUGGCAGGUGAGAGUCACCAUUUCUGACGGCUCCCAUUACUUGGACGCCGAUCUGUCAGACUGUGUUCUUGCCAGUCUAAUCGGCUUUUCGGUCGCACAGUCGAAUGCUUUAAAGAAGGACCCAGAGCAGCGCAAAAAGGUGACUGCGGGGCUGCAGUAUUGCCAAAAGGAGCUAGUCGACAUGUGCUGUCUCAUGACGGUGGAGUACGACUCUGUCACUGCAAAGGCGGAGGUGAUCAGGGUAGAGGAGGCCUCCUCGCAAGACAGCAGGGCCUUGGAGAAUCGCGUGAAGAACAGGAUGAAGUCAUAAAACACCCAUAUCUAAUAAGAUGGGCUUCGGUUUUAACUCAUUGUAUGCCACGUGGGAUGGCUUUGCAUAACUGAAAUUUGUAUUCAGUUUUUAAAGUAUGAUCUUUGACGAUAACCAAUAAAUAGUGUGAGAAGUUAAGAUGUUUGUAAAAUGAAAGUAAUUGAGCAAUAAUAAUUGGAUGCACCAGUGAAUGAUGGACAAAUGCAUCAAGACACUUUCAUUGUUUGAUUUUGCCAGAGUUUGUCUUUUCAUACACAAGGUCUGUUCUGUUUAGAGUGGGAGGCCCUGGUUGAAUGGGCAUUGCUUUGAUUACUCUGCACAUGUAUGAGUGGCCACUUCAGGGACUCCCGUAAUUAAAUGAUGGAAGCUAAACUAUCUGACGUCGUGAAGAGGUGUAGAAGGUCUCAGCCUAAUGCUUGUAAAUACAACAUCUUGUUAAUUAUACAGUUACACAUUUUUUGAUAUUUUGAAUGGAUUACUGCUGAUUUAAGAAUUGUAAUUUAAGAAUCCCCCCCCCCCCGACACACACACACACACACACACACACACACACACACACAGACAUACAUACUUUUGCUGCGUAGUGAUUAGUCACGUCAUAUUACAGUAGUCUUGCAAAUUUUGGUAGUGUAUUCUGGAAUUAUUACUGGUGUUUAUGUGUUGUAUCUUGCUUUUUCUUGCUGGCUUAAGGUAAUUACCAAUCUACCUCAUUGUUUUGCAUUUUUUCCCCCCAUUUCCAUCAGCUUUUAAUAAAUCAGCAGCUGCAAUAUGGCAAAAUUAGUCGGGGUAUAUGCCGGUUGAUGAGUUACCACAGUGCCUCAACGGCUUUGUCGUAGCUCUUAUCCCUGAAGAUGUCUGCCGCAGACCCCAGUGGCCGUCUGCCUUCUGAUAUGCUUCUGGGGCAGCCAUGCUGCCGCUCUUCAUUGACAUGCAGAGCUGUGCCUGUGCACUAGAAUCCGCUGUCUGAAUUCAUUAUUUGUUAAUCAAGUUCAACAUCUUAAUUAGUAACCUGCGUUGCAUUUCAUUACUCUGUUAUUCGGUAAUUACCUGCCCCGUGUUUAAGAGCGGCUAAUGGUAGGUAGUGAGAGCACAUAAUCUUGUAAAAUUAUAUCCCCAGAUGGACAUGGAAAAAGCAGACUGGGGUUACUCAGCAGGUCUCCGGGAAGAAGUCGCCAAGGAAAUACAGUGCAUAAUGGUUUUACUGCCGUCACUGCAAUACACAUCCUUGUACAUAGUUUGCAUGCGUUGCACUGCAUGUUGUUAAACAUAUCUACUGGAAUACAUUUAAGUGUAUGCUUUUACACAACAUUAUAUAAUAAAAUGUUAAUUAAAUAUAACUUCUGUUUCUCAUAAUAUUAUUUUAGAACAAAUGCUUAAGGCACAAUUAUGGCAGGCAUUUAAAAAAACACUUAAAAUGCAAAUCGGUGGAAUGAAAUUAGUUGCUUUCCAAUUAACAAUAGUUCUACUACCAGAGAAUUAUUAGGACUCAAAUGUGAUCCAUCCAUCUUCUGAAACUGCUUGUCCUAUUCAGAGUCACAGGUGGGUCCAGAGCCUAUGGGCACAAGGCAGGGAACAGCCCAGGAUGGGGCACCAACCCGUCACAGGGCACACUAACAUGCACACCUAUGGGCAAUUUGGAAACUCCAGUUAUCCUUGGUGUGUUUUUCUACUGUGGGGGGAAAAGCCAGAAUACCCAGAGGAAGCCCCAUGAUGACACAGGGAGGGAACGCAAAGUCCACACGUGGAGUCAUGAUGGAGACUUGAACCCUGCUCCCAGAGGUGUGAUGCAAUAACAAUGCACCACAGCACUGUGCUUCCUCCUCAAACGUGAUCUUAAUUUUUCAUUUAAUAUGAAAUGGUAAUCUAAGUUUCUGCAUUUUUAUUAAAUUGUUCAAAAUGGUGGUUCGUAAAAGCACUGUAAAAUCAAAGGCAGAGUUAUGCUUUAUUAUGGUGUUUACUAAAAGCAGCUCUUAGUCGUAGCAGGAAGGAAUCUGAUUGUUAUGCAGUUUUCUGGCAUUCGGAGAAGAACAUUGUUUGGGAAAUUGUAAACGUGUAAUUUAAUAAAUUCUUACAGAAGUA